AUGGGCACACCGUCUCCGACGAAUCCACCAACUCCCACCACUUCAACAUACUUGGUUCAAACACGUCGUCCGUCUGGCAGUGGUAGCCGUCCCUCAACUCGGGAUGGCCAACGACCGAUCAGCAGCGAGAUCUUCAUACAGGUUGGCUCAAAGAAAGAUAACAAAGGCAAGAAAUACCCAUUACUUUCGGUCUCUACCAAGCCCUACGAUCGGUCUUCACUCGGCUCUGUUGGAUCUCGUGAUAUCGCUGUUGAUUCAGUAGGCUCUGAUGCCUCCUACACCUACCGAACUGGUUUCCCGGAAGCCCCCUUGCCUCCACCAGCGUCCUUCGAUCAUCACAGCAGCUACCUUACAACUCCUACUGCACCAUACGGUCAAAGCUCUCGCCAUGUUCCGUCAGCGUCUUCCAGUCAGACACCCUCGCUUUACGUCGCGUCGGACGCAGAGUACGACCCACCGGCUAGGCAGCGAAGUACAAAACGCUCUUCCACGGUGAUUCACAACCCACCUACUGCUGUUCCGUCCUCGCCGCCUCAGCGUCAGGGUGGUAUGUCAUCUGAUCCAUACCGGACGGCCAGGGUUGCUCCACGAGAGACGUACACAUCAGACCGCCCACAUCCACUCGACUACGACGCCUUUGCUGAUCACUCGAGCUCGUCUUACACUAGCUCGGGCCCACCUGAAGGCGCUCGUCGCACCAAGACUGGCGACGAGCGACAAAGGCAGUCCAAGUCAGGUCGGCAUCAAGAAGAGUCUGACCGACGGGUGGCUGAUGAGCGUGACAGAGAAGAUACUGCCAGACGCGUACAUUUCGAACCCGCCCGUGCAGACGGCCGCGCGAAUGAGAGGGCAGAAAAGCUCUUCGCUGAGAAGGAGAAAGAUCGAGCGUUGGCCAGGGAAGAACUUCGUCGUGUUAAGGAGGAAGAACGCCUCAGACAAGAGAGGAAGGACUUGGAAGCCAAGAAGGCCCAAGAUCGUAAGAAGGAGAAAUCAAGCCCUCCAACGAUCGACUAUACGAAGAAGCGGCCGAACGCAUCACGCAGACAAUCCUCCUCUAUGACGUCAGCUGAGCUAGCAGAUCAACGACGCUUGAUCAAAGCCGAGGAACAACAGAUGCGGAGCGAAAGGCAGAUUGCAGAGGCCAGGGAGCGAGAGGAGGAGCUGGCAGCCCGUAAAAACCAACAAGAGAAGCCGGCUGCAUACUGGGACCCGCGUGGCGGCGAUCGUUCCCUCUCCACACGCCGCGAGUCGAUGGCUCGCCACGACAGUCUUACCUCUAACACGCGUCCCGCUGGAUUGACUCGCACUCCCAGCAAGCGCCGUCCAAGUGUCUCGCAGCCAAGCCCUCCAGUGCUCGAUACUCAGGUGCCUACAGAGUCUUACAGGCCUUCCAGCUCGAGGAAACGCGCGCCUCCGCCGCUAUCCUUCCCAGCGAACUUCAACCAAGAUUACGCUCGGCCGCCAUCUGCUAGGCGUCCAUCCAUCAGUCAAGACAACCCGUUCGCAGCAGCCACAAUGAUGUCGCCGCAGUCAGCAUCGCAAGACCCAUGGGAUCUGCGCACCGUCGAGGGUUCACUUCCAUCUGCCCGACCUCUAGGCGAUGGUCGUCGUCCAUCCAUGCAAUCUCGCUAUGUCGAUGCCUUUGCAACAGACUCUGAAAGCCCGGAUGAUCACCCGCCUGUAUACGCAUCGCGCACCGGUUUGAGUCGUAAAGGAUCAAAGAGGAAGCACUGA